CUCGUUAUAUUUAGAUUGAUAAAUAUAUGAUAGACACUUAAAAGUAAUUAGGAAAAGGAAAUUGUGGAACAGUUUACUUGGGAUUUUAUGCGAAAGGAACUGGAGAUGAAAAAAUCUUUUUGGCUAUAAAGGAAAUCCCUGUAAAAGCUUCCCCUGAAGUAACAGUAUCCCUUUUACAAGAAAUAAAUGUGUUAAGAAAAAUAAAUCAUUAAAAUAUCGUUGGUUUUAUAGAUGCAAAAAAGAAUGAAGAAUUUAUGUAUUUGGUUACAGAAUAUUGUAAUUAAGGAGCUUUGGAUGAUUUUAUAUUAAAUCACAAUUUAUCAGAAGAAGAUGUUGUUGUGUUCUUUAGAUAAAUUGCAGCAGCAUUCAAAUAUUUAGUUACGAAAAAGAUUAUUCAUAGAGAUAUUAAACCAUAAAAUUUAUUAUUACAUAAUGGGUAAGUGAAAGUUGCAGAUUUUGGAUUAGCUAAAGUCAUGGAUCAAUCAAAUUAAAGUGGUAAAUUUCAAACUUUUAGUGGAACUCCAGUUUUUAUGUCUCCUUAAAUAAUUAAAUAAGAAUCUUAUAAUAGUUUAAGUGAUAUGUGGUCUUUAGGAGUUACUUUCUAUUUUAUGUUAUUUAGAGAAUAUCCUUGGGAAGAGGUCAAUCCAUUAAAGUUGUUAAAGAAAAUCUAACAUAAAAGUAUACAUUUUAUUUAAAAUUUAGUUGAUAAUCUAAUACCUGAAGGAUGUACAUUAUCAGAACCAACUAAAGAUCUUUUAAAAAGAAUGCUUGUUAUUGAAGAAAAUAAUAGAAUUUCAUGGCAAGAUUUCUUUAAUCAUAAAGCUAUAAAAAUUGAAUAAGAUCCUUAAUUUACAUUAUCAACUUAAGACACAGUUGAAGAUUUAACUUUAAACAAUUUCUUAAUUUAAAGUGCAAGUCUUAGUUUAUCAGACAAAGAACAAGAUGAAAUGUAAGAAUAUGGAAGAAGAUAAACAUUGUAAAUCUAAUUUUUAAUAUUAGAAAUUAUUUAGCUCAUUAAAAUAUUUUAAAUAGAGCCAGAAAAGCAAAAGAUCAUUUAGAGUUUGAAAAAUCUAUUGGAUAUUAUUUUUUAUAAGUUGCUAAAGAAUUAGAAAGUCAAAAAAAAAUUGAUUCUGCAAAUUUGAUACCUGAAGAUUUGUACAUAAAAUGCAUGUUUUUACUAUACAAAAGAAUUUAUUGUGUCUUUUCAUCAUUAAAUUAAAUGCUAUUAUUUGAUUGUAAUGAAGCAGGCAUUAUAGAAAUUGAUCCAUAAGAUUGGUUAGAAUUAAUGACAUCUGAAUAUCAUCAAAAUGAUUUAUAAAAAAUUAGAUAGAGUACUUAAAGGGAUUUUGAUAUUUCUAGAAAAGAAUUUAUUAAAUGGAAAGAAUAAUUAUAUGAUGCUUAAUUUUAAUUAGAAAAAUUCUCCAUUAUUGAAAGAGGAGAUGCUUAUAAAGAUAAUAGUAUCGAAGAAAAUGAAUACUUAAUUAUGGCAAUUAAUGAUAAUUUUAAAGAAAUGUUUUUAAUUUUAGCACAAUAAUUAGAACCUAUAUAUUUAUAAAUUUUAGAAACUUAAAAACCUAUUAAUAAACAUUAAAUAUACAAUGAAAAGAAAAUUGAUACUAUAUUUGUUUAUGAUUUGAUAAUAUUCUUAUGUUUCAGAAAUAUUGUUAAAAAACCAUAAUAAGAUUGUUGCAUAUAAAUAAAUUUUUAAAAGUAUUAUGAAGAUAGAAAAAGAAUUGAAGAAAUAGAAAUAUUACAUAGAAUUUAGAAGCAGUAUUAAGCUUGGAAGCAGAAUUGA